AUUCAACGAUUUUACUUGCUUUGUCUCUUUAUCAUAUGCUUGCAAAAGUUUUUUCUUAUACGCUAUUGUAACAAUUUAUCUGCGAGCUCUUUAAUAGCAAAAAGAAGAAGAAUAUAAAACCAUAUAAAAAAGUACAGUUGUAUAUGCCGGUAAAUUUCAAAUGCUGGUUUUACGGCUUUCUUAUUAUAAUUCAUGCAUUAUACCCUUUCACCAAAUGAAAACUUCAACAAGACGACAAUGGCAAGUGUUCUUUCUGGUUGUUGCAAAAUUUAUGACCGCGCAAAAUAUCAUGUUUCAAGAAUUUUGUUAGAAAUAUGGAUUGUAGCAACGUUUAAACAGUAGAGAUAAUAUCAUUGAUGAAACAAGACCAAUAACGGUUUGAUCAAUGAAUCGUUUAAGCAAAUAUAAUGAUUUAGAAUGGGCGAUCGGUCUGCAUCGUUGUAUGUUGGAAAUUGUCGGUUUGUGGCCGCAACAAAACAAAGAUCAGUAUAAAGAAUUUUUUUCGAAGUUACGAAUGCUAUUUAAUGCUAUGAUAAUAACUUGCAUGUUGACUAUACCGGCUUUAGCUCAAUUGAUUAAUGUAUGGGGUGAUAUGAUCCAGAUAAUUGAUAAUUUACAAUUAACCAUAUCUUUUUUAAUAACGACACUUAAAAUCUUCAUUAUGUGGUACAAAAAAACAGCUUUACUACUGUUGAUUAACAAGAUUAUGAAAGACUGGACGCGAGUGAAAAUGGAUGAAGAGCGAAAUGUCAUGCUAAAAAAGGCUAGAAUCACCCGCUUAAUCUUAAAAGUCGGAGCAUUUGUUACAGCUUUGGCACUGCUCAGCAAACUUAGCUCUGUAUUUUUUAAAGAAUACAUUUGGCGUGUGAACAAUCUUACUAAUCAUGAAAGAUCUUUAUCGGUUCCUACGCACUAUUGGUACGAUGUAACUAGCAGCCCGAAAUACGAACUAACAUAUCUGGCACAAGCAAUUGGGUUAUUUGCAUGCGGUAUCACUUACGUCGGCGUCGAUAACUUUUUUGGUUUACUCAUCUUACAUGUAUGUGGUCAGAUGGAGAAUCUGCAUCAGCGAUUAUUGCAUCUGAGAAAAGAUCCGGAUUUCAAAGCUGUUUUAAAGUACAACGUUAAAGACCACAUUCGCUUAAUCAGGUCUGUAGAAAUCAUUGAUGACACAUUCAAUUUAUUGCUGCUUGCCGCAAUAGGUUUUUUUGUCAUACUAUUCAGUCUUUUUGGAUUUCUAGCACUUACUGCUGUUAAUCUAGAUACUCAAUUAUCGUUUGCACAAAUGUCUUGGUACUUUUUUGCGGGUGGAGCACUUUUAAUACACACUUGUCUUUACUGUGCGGUAGGCGAACAUCUCGUGACUCAAUGUGAAAAAAUACAUAGCGCUACGUAUGAAUGUGUAUGGUAUACUCUAGAGCCAAAAGCAGCAAGAAACUUGACAGUAAUUAUGGUCUGUGCAAAGAAACGACUCAAUAUCACAGCGGGAAAAAUGUUCCCAAUGACAAUGUCUACAUUCUGCAGCGUGAGUUUUGUGAUGCAUGUAAAAUAUGACAUUAUAUUAUACCUAAAUUAUGACAUAAAAAUUAUUUUUUGAAAUUGUAGUUAUAAUUCUUAAUAUAUUUUUUCGAAGCCGUCAGUAUUUUAUUGCUAAAACAUUAAACAUUUUAGUUAUUAAAGACGUCGGCGGGUUAUAUAUCUAUGUUACUUGCAGUUCGAAAUUAAUGACGAAAAGUUACAGUAUAAAUUGGUACGUCUCUUGUAUAAUAUAUGGUAUUAUGAUGUAAAAUUAAAAAUAAAUUGUUUACAUAAAUACGCUAUGCAUUAAUAUUAUAAUAAAAUUUAGACCGCUAAACCAUUUAUUCGUUUAGUUUACUCACAAUCCGUAAAAAAAGUUUACUAACAUGUUAUGUCAAUAGAUUAGUGGUAAAGAUCAAAUAAAAUCUGCGAGCUCAACCAUCUGCUCAACCGGCAGACUAAUAAUAAAAAUUAGACAAAAUUGAAAAUCUUGCUCGAUUACGGCCACCAAUCUAUUAUUAUAACAUGACCAGGAGGUCAAUCAUAUAAUUUUACAUAAAAAUUUUUACGUUUCAAUUUUUGCUUUUUAUUUUUAAUUUAUCACUCAAAGAGAAUUCACUUAAAUUUUUUCACGUACAGCGAUUAUGUAUUAAGUUAAAUACGAGAAAGUUUAGUUUGGGUUUCAAAAUUCAUCUUUUUAGUAUUUAAAAAAGUUAAAUAGUAAAUAUCAAAUACUUUCCACAUUUCAAGAUAUAAUUGUUACUGAGCACAUACAUUUGGUUUGGUUGAACAGGAGUUCACGUUAAUGUUGAAAACGACAAUGGCAGAUAUGUAAUAGUACGCAACGAGUUGACGAUUUUGGCAGCAAUAACCAGAAAUAACAUUAAUUCCAUAAACA